CAACAACCCAUUAAUGUGAGGAUUAUAAAAGCAGUGGGUACACUCAUCAGUUCACUACUGCAGAACUUCAUCUGUUGGAUUUCAGAUCCUUGCUGCAGAACAAUGGCCAUGGAGCUACUUUUGGUCCUGAUCCUGGUUCCUGUGGUGACCAGCUGCUCAGAUCUCAACCUCCCUCUGGACUGCAGCGACAUCUACAACCAAGAUAGCAGCCGACCCAGCGGAGUUUACACCAUCUAUCCCAUUGGAACCACGUCUGCUAUUCAGGUUUACUGUGACAUGGACUCUCUGGAAGGAAAGUGGACCGUUUUCCAGAGGAGGAUGGACGGCUCAGUGAACUUCUACAGGCCAUGGGAGCAGUACAAGUUUGGCUUUGGGAACGCCGCAGGAGAGUACUGGCUCGGUCUGGAGAACAUCUUCCACCUGACUCAGAGGAAAAAGUCAGAGCUGCUGAUCGACAUGGAGGACUUUGAAGGAAACAAAUCCUACGCCCGUUACACUUCGUUCUCCGUCGGCCCAGAGUCUGAUGGCUACAAACUGCAUCUGUCUGAAUUCAACAGUGGGGGAGCAGGGGAUUCUCUGAGUCACAUCAGUGGACAAAAGUUCUCUACGUUCGACAAAGAUCAGGACACCUGGGGGAAGAGCUGUGCCCGAUCAUUCAUCGCGGGGUUCUGGUUCUCUGACUGUCACUCUGCAAACCCAAAUGGUGUGUACCGCUGGGGGGCUGACGACUCUCUUUAUGCCAUCGGAGUGGAGUGGACCUCCUGGAAGGGUCGGGGCUAUUCCCUAAAAGCCAUCAGCAUGAAGAUUCGUCCAGUACAGUGAACCUGCACGUGAUGUGUUUGGGCUGUAAACCUCCGCCGAAUCUUACAAGAACUAUUUGUUUUAAACUGAGUGUAAGAGAUGACAGCAGCUGGGCGAAAGUUUGGACUUAAACAAACCCAG